AUGAUAAAUUCAUUAUGGAAGUCCCCUGCCGAGCUCGAUCAUCAAAUUCCUGGCCGUCGUGAUAGCCAGGACUCCGUUAUGAGCAGACUCGGUGGAAGGAACGUCUUCAUCUUCUGCUCUUCUCGCAUGUGGCGCGGCACACCCAAACUCUUACUUCAAAUCACUGCCAUAUUCUUUACCAGCUUCCUUAUUUUCGGAAUUUUACCAGAUCGAUUAUCUGGCGGCCAACUCGGAUCUGGGUAUCGAGGAAUGUUUCCUUGGGGGAGCUAUGAACCAGAACCUGAUCGAAAUUUGAGGGUCGUGGUGUUUGGCUCGCCUGAUGUUGUAGGUAACGUACACGAUCCUUCCUCAGAGCGUAAAGCAUGGACAGAGGAGCUAUGCGAUGAGCUCGAAUGCACUUCUUACCUAUCUUUCGUACCAAAGGCUCAGCCGAACAGGGGUCUCAUCAGCAACGAUAUGUACGAGGAGACAGUUAAGGAUCUUCUCAACACUACCAAGUUCACCAAUGUGAAAGAAAAGCCAGCCUUGAAUUACAAGUAUAUCGCUAAAAACUACCCCACCCCCUCCAAGGUCCCUGACCUGGCGAGCCAAGUCCAGAGCUUUCUCGCGAUGCCACCACCUGAAGAAACCCCACGCGAAACAAUCUGGGUAUUCAGCUUUGGAACGUGGGAGAUCUGGAACAUGGCAGCAAUGCCAAGACAAGAAUCGGAAGAUGCCAUCACUUAUAUGGCCAGACAAAUACUCGACCAGGCCGAGAUACUCUACGAACGAUCGUUGGACCCCACUUCUAUCGCCUACUCCGAUUUCUGGACAAACGCGACUGAAUCGCAAAUCAGUGAACUGACGGCACCCGGCGCUUUGGACAAAGUCGACAGACGCAAGUUUGAGGGCUUCCGUAUUAUAGUGCCUACGAUAUUUGACAUUUCCCUCACACCUGGAUGGCAAGGCCGGAAGACUCCACCUGCGCCCAACAAUGUGGUCGAACAGACUCGAAACGCCGCGGAACUAACCAAAUAUUGGAACCAAGAGGUAGACUUUGCCGUCGCCGAGUGGAAAGAAAGGACAACAAAAAAGCCAAAGAGACUGACAUCAAGCACCGGAACAUCAGACAAGACCAAGAGGGCCGAGAGCAUCGAGCCUGUUGAGCACAGUGAAGACACGAAAGAAUCGGCAAAAUCGACGUAUGAAAACCAGCGGGUUAUUCAGGCCCCCUAUCCUAUGCGCAAUGGGCUGCUAGUGACUCUCGACCAGGGGGUUCUUGAUGCCAUGACCGAAGGCGACAUGGAACGUGCGGCAGUUGUAGACUUGAGAGGACGCGGAACAUUAUCCGCUAAUGAUUCGAUGCGGUUCGCCGAUGUCUGGACACCGUGUGUCAGAGGAGAUAUUGCGGAUCUCAAGAUCAACGAGAAGGAGAUCAAGACAGAAUGUGAGAUCGAGCGUGAUCAUCUGUUCUACGACUCUUUUACCAUCAGCGAAAGAGCUAUGAGGAAUGUGGUGAAGGCGAUUAUGGGAGAUGUUAGGGAGGAGCUCUUCAAUGCAGAGGAAAAGCGAGGCUGGCUAUAUGGCGGUUGGUAG